AUGAAAUCUUUGAGAAACCUUUCUUCAGAUAAUAACGACCUCACAGGUCCCAUUCCUGCCUCUUUUGGAAACUUGACCAAUUUAUUUGUCUUGUACCUUUUUGAAAUAUACAUUUCUGGACAUAUUCCAAGAGAAAUAGGAAAGCUGAGAAUGUUAAACGAACUUAUUCUUCAACUCUCUGGAAGUAUUCCUGCAGAAAUUGGAAAUAUGAGCAGCCUAAGAAUGCUUGAUCUUAGUGACAAUAAUCUCUCUGGUGAACUUCCUGCUUCCAUAGGAAACUGGAGAAACAUAUAUCAAAUUUUUCUUUAUGGAAACAGCAUUUCUGGACAUAUUCCGGGAGAAAUUGGAAACCUGAGAAAUUUAUGGAACCUUCAGCUUUUAUCAAAUCAAUUUUUUGGAAAUAUUCCUAGAGAAAUUGGAAACUUAAGAGAGUUAAAGAUUCUUAGGCUUUCUAACACUAAACUUUCUGGUAUUAUUCCUACAGAAAUUGGAAAGUUGAGCAACUUAGAAUUUCUUGACCUUAAUACCAACAAUAUCUCUGGUCAACUUCCUGUUUCCAUAGGAAACUUGGCAAAACUCAACGAACUCAGUUUGCUCCAAAACCAGCUCAGUGGCUUUCUUCCUUCAACAAUGAAUAACCUGACUAGCUCAAAGAAUCUGCAAUUGGCUUCAAAUAGCUUCACUGGACAAUUGCCAAAACAAAUAUGUUUCAUCAAAGUGGGGGCGGUGCCAGAAUUUAAGAAAUCUCAAAUCUCCAACAACCAUCUUUCAAGCUCCAUAUCACCUGCGCUUGGUAAGGCACCUCAGCUUCAUGUACUUGACCUGUCCUUAAAUCAUCUUACCGGAAAUAUUCCAGAGGAACUUGGAAGUUUGAAGUUAUUCAAACUUAUGCUAAGUGAAAAUCAACUAUCUGGAGAGAUUCCUCACAUAAUCGGAAUGCUAGCUGAUCUGGAGUACUUAAACUUGGCAGCAAACAAUCUAAGUGGCUCAAUUCCAAAAGAACUUGGAGGGAGCUCUAAGUUGAUACAAUUGAAAUUGGGAAACAAUAAAUUUGAGGGAAGUGUUCCUUGGGAGAUGACUAAUAUGAACUCUCUUGAAAACCUUGAUUUAAGUUCUAAUCUACUGAUUGGAGGGAUACCACCUCAGCUUGCAGAAAUGAAACGUUUAGAAACUCUAAAUCUCUCGCACAAUAAUCUUUCUGGUUUAAUUCAGUCCGAGUUUGAUGAAAUGAAGAGGUUGACAAUGGUUGAUAUAUCCUUCAACCAAUUGGAAGGUCCUAUUCCAAAUUCCAAAGCUUUCCGCGAGGCUUCGUUUGAAGCAUUCAGAAACAACAAAGGCUUGUGUGGUAAUGCUGCUGGUUUGCGGCUUUGCUCUCAUGGUAAAAGGGGCAACAAAGUCAACAUAUUGAUCAUACUGGUAUCUUUUUUCGGUAGCCUGUUUCUUCUAUCCAUUUUUGUAAUUCUAUACACUCUUCAUAGAAGACAAGUGAAGAAAACAAACAUCCCAGAUGAGCAAGAAACACAAAAUCAGAAUAUGUUUGAAUUAUGA